CCCCGUCGGGUCGGUCCCGGUUGCCAUGGAGCCCGGGGCGGCCGAGCUGUACGACCAGGCGUUGCUGGGCAUCCUGCAGCACCUGGGCAACGUGCAGGACUUCCUGCGGGUGCUCUUCGGCUUCCUCUACCGCAAGACCGACUUCUACCGCCUGCUGCGACACCCGGCCGACCGCAUGGGCUUCCCGCCCGGGGCGGCCCAGGCCAUGGUGCUGCAGGUGUUCAAGAACUUCGAGCACGUGGCCCGGCAGGAUGACGAGAGGAGGAGGAGGAAGGACCUGGAAGACAAGAUGAGGAGGAAGGAAGAAGAGGCGGCGGCCGAGAAGGUGCCCGUCCCCCUGCCGGCUCAGGAGGUGGAGGUUGAUUCGACGGCAUCUGGUGAGCCCCGGGAGUCUGGCACGGCCCAGGAACCCGGCGAGCCCCAGAAGGCUGGUGAGCCCCAGGAGCCCGACGCGGCCCAGGAGUCCGGCGUGGAGGUUCCCGGACCUGCAGAGGCCGAGCCCUCUGGGGCCGCUGCAGCCGCCGCCACCGCAGCCCCGGACGCUCCCAGGAGGCAGGAGCAGUUCCAAGCCAGCUCCGACAGCUAUAACGGGGCCGUGCGUGACAACUACAGCUGGUCGCAGGACUACAGCGAUCUGGAGGUCAAAGUGCCGGUGCCCACGCACAUCCGCAAAGGGAAACAGGUUUCCGUGGAUCUGAGCAGCAGCUCCAUCCGCGUGGCUGUGCUGGAGGGCGGCGCGGAGCGAGUGCUCAUGGAGGGCAAGUUCACCCACAAGGUCAACACGGAGAGUUCUCUCUGGAGCCUGGAGCCGGGCAAGUGUGUUCUGGUGAACCUGAAUAAGGUGGGCGAGUACUGGUGGAGUGCCAUCCUGGAGGGGGAGGAGCAUAUCGACAUCGAUAAGAUCAACAAGGAGCGCUCCAUGGCCACGGUGGACGAGGAGGAGCACGCCGUCCUGGACAGGCUGACCUUCGAUUAUCACCAGAAGCUGCAGGGGAAGCCCCAGAGCCACGAGCUGAAGGUCCACGAGAUGCUGAAGAAGGGCUGGGACGCCGAGGGCUCCCCGUUUCGAGGCCAGAAAUUCGACCCGUCCAUGUUUAACAUCUCCCCGGGGGCCGUCCAGUUCUGAUGGCCAGGAGGUGGCCCUGGGGGGCGGGGGCACACAGAGGGAGGGGGGAGAGGGAGACGGACAGAGAGCACGGGUCGCUUUGUGGAGCCGGUGACACCCCCACCCUUCCCCAAACAGCAGGGGGGAGCAGGGAGGGGGCCGGGGGAAGGGGCGGGGCCCCCACCGAGGCCGGACCAGGGUUGGCCAUGUUGACCGGGCACGAGGGCUGCGUCUCAGCCAGCCCAAGAUCACAUGCGCCAUCACCAAGGCAACCGGCCGCGGCAGGCAGGCGGGCAAGCAGGCGGGCGGACAGGCGCUCCCGUUCUCUCUAUCACUCUCUCUCUCUACCCCACCCUUCCAUCCCCGCUUUCCCCGCUUGCCUGGUUGUGACAUGCUGCUCGGCUCGGGUCUCUGCAGGUGGGCGGGGGCGAGGGGGCGUUCUCUGCUGGGGUUGAGGGGUGGAUGCAGCUGCAGGCUGCAAGCUGUGAUGGGGUGAUGCAGCGGGGUCACGGGAGGGACGCCAGGUGGAUGGUGGGUCUCUGCCUGUCCUGGUGGCUUCUGCCCCGAGGCUGCCCCAGCCUCUGUUGGUCUGGGGCUCUAGAGCCCCGGGCCCCUGCCGCCGGCCCCGCAGGCCUUCCCCCUCCCCGGUCGCUGGCCUCUCUAUAGCUGGAUACUCCCCCCCCAACCCACCCGGGCUUCCCCCUGACUCACGGGGAGGGGACUGGCCAGCGGUACUCGCUCUCCCUGGGCAGCUCCCAUCCAGCUUUUCCCUCCUGGCGCCCCUCUCCCCAUGGUUUCGGUUUCAUGUACUCCCGGUCCCCGAUGGGUGCGGGGAGGAGAAGGUGGGAGACCGCCCAUCUCAGCAUGAUCUUGGGAGGGAUCUCCAAGCAGGGACAGCCCCAGCGGGGAGGUGUGGGUCCAGGCUGGAGCCCCGGACCCGGCUGGUGCUGCUGGCCUGGAAGAACUAUGGCCCUGGCUCUGUGUGUGUGUGUGUGUGUGUGUGUGCAUGUAUGCAUGCCUGGAGGUGGGGAUGCUGGCCUCACCGUGCCAUGGAGACUGAAGCUUCCACAGUGCCGUCUCCUCUGCUCUGUGCUCUGUCCACUCCCGGCCCCGCUCCCAUCCAUCCAUCCAUCCAUCCUUCUCUUGAGUGGCUGUCCCUCUCGGUGCUGCCUCUGGGGGGUGGGGGGGCUUCAGGGUCCUGGGCCACCAUGGGCUGGUCGUGGCCAGUGGGGAGGCAGAGGGCUAGCCUGUUGGCCACUUCUCAGAAUCUCCAGGGCCCUGUUCCAUAGCAGCAUAGGGGCCACCAGUGGUUCCCUGUUCCAGGUAAACCAUGGUACACCCUCUAUGUGGAACCCAGCUCUGGCCUGUGCUGGGCAACCCACCCUUGAGGUCUGAGCCAUGCUGAUGCCCAUACUCUCCACCUGGCUCCCCCCUCCCUCCCUGGCCUCUGCUCGAAGGCCGACGGGGCUUGGGGCCACCCAGACUGAGCACCUGGAGGCUCUCCCUGGCCUCUGGCGUGCCAGUGCGAGGGGUGGCCCUUUUCCGAGUCACUACCGAUCGAGAGGCUCCCCGGCUCAGCCCCCAGAGCAUGGGGGCCUCCAGGCGGGUACACAGAAUCUGAGUGAGAAGAGCAGGCCAGGCUGGGGCACCUGCUGAAACCCUCUGCUUGGGUCUCCAGGGAGUGGAGCUGGAGGUCAGAUGCCCCUUACCCCCCACUUGUUCCCAGGCCUAACCGGUGCCGGUUCCCCCAAAGUCCUCUCCCCCACUGUCUGACCCAGCUCCGAGGGAAAGUGACAUUUCUCCCCUGCACCUUCAGGGAGAGUUGUGAGCCGCCUAGCGGGAGUUGCCAGGUCAAUUGCCCUGUCCCAUCUCGUCCUUAGCCAUCCAGGUGUACUCCAGGGGGACGAAGGGGUUUCCGAUAGCUCUGGGUGACUUUCCAGAUUGCCCUCCAUGCUAAACAUCGCUCACCUGGGGCCGUGGGUUCACCGGCUCCAUCAACAGCAGGUAGCACGUCUCCAAUGAUGCCCACAUCUACCUGGAAUUUUUUUUCCACGCAAAUUUCUUUCUGUUUAUCAAUCCCCUUCCCCAGCAUUGCUACCCUUCCCACCUCCCAGAUUUCAAGUCUAGAGUUGGUGUUGCUGGUUCUCGACUGCAGCCCCCAGCCCCACAGGAGGGACUGGGGACAGACCUGGGGCUGGCUUCCUUCGGGAGCCAGAGAGAGCUGCCCUUCCCCGCCCCUCGCCCCCUACCCCCACCACGGGGUUUCUGUGUGUGCACUGGGUUUGCAAUAAAUCGGUAUUUAAGCA